AUGGGAAAUAGUGCAAACAGACCUGCAAGCUUGGCAGUUAAAAUUGCUACCUCUACGAGUAACGAAUAUAAUCCUGCCAAGUGUAUCAUGGCAGACGAGGAAUAUGAUGAUGAAGCGGUUGAGCCCGGACAAAUGAUCGAUUGUAAGGAUCAAUUAUUGAAAUCCGGCUCCGUUAUUGAGAGUUACCGAGUUGAUAAACUAAUCGGAAAAGGCACCUAUAGCCAAGUGUACAAGUGUGAAAAGAAAGUUCACAACACAAGCCAAAGUUCAACUACAUCAGCAACCCUAGCGACAGAAAAGACAUUCUCCAUCAAGUGUUGUUAUGCCAGGAAUGAAGCAGAUUGGAGACUUAUUCUUUCGGAAGUUGGGGCUAUGAAAAAUCUUCAACAUGACAACAUCUUGAAAUUCUAUGAAUAUUUUGAGAUUAACAAGGAAGUACACACCUCAGAAGAUCCCAUGGUUGCCAUUGUGAUGGAAUAUUGUAACAACGGCUCUAUUGGAGACUUCAUCAAACGAAAUCGACACAUAACUGCUGACCUUUUACAAAUGCUUGACUGGAUCGUUCAGGCCAUUCAUGGCAUUGGAUAUUGCCACAAGAUGAAUGUAGUUCACAGAGAUAUCAAGCCUCACAACAUACUAUUACAUGCUCCACAUGAAAAUGGUCGAACCGUGGUAAAAUUGUGUGAUUUUGGUUUAAGCUCAUUGGUAAAGGAUAAAACUGAAACAUUGAAAACAUUUUGUGGAUCUCCAAUUUACGCAGCUCCAGAAAUUAACCGUCUCUCUUAUUCAUUCUCUGUUGAUGUAUACAGCUUAGGAGUGACAGCUUUAGAAUUGUUAUGUAGAUUAAAUUCAUGUGAGUUCCAAAAUAGAAUUUACAACAAGAGCAGGGAUUGUACUUGCCUCGAAAAAUUAAUUUCAGAACUACCUCUAAAGAGUCUUCAAAAAAUAAUCAAAUUGAUGACAAGUUAUGAUGAAAAGGAGAGAAUUACAAGUGAAGAACUUAUCAAACAUCCAAUAGUGAAAGCAUUCGAAGCGGUGAUUAGUAUAUCAAGAGGAAUUUUGAAUACCACAUAUUUUGAAGCAGCAGAUCGUGAAUUUAUUGAAACGAUAUUCGAACUGUUAGAUUUCUACAAGGAAGAUAUACCAAAAAUUGAAAUAUUAUUCCAAGCAAUUGUACAAUUAUUUCAAUUCAAACCGGACAAAUGCUUGGAAGUUGUACAGAGUCAAAUGAGUCAAAUUGGAUCUGAGUUUUUAUUUAUUGAAGGAGUAUCUUUGGAAUCAAAAUCCAGUAUAUUUUUCAUUCUAAUAUCUAUUGGCAGUUGGUUAUGUUCUUAUCAUGAAAGUCUUGAUAACAAGAGCCGCAGCGUCAAUCACAGCAAUAGCUCUUCACAGCUAACGAAAAAAUCAAGAUCAACCACUCUCUACAAUGUUUUUUCUGCCAUUAGUGAGCAUUCUCCUGGGAAUGACGAUGAAGAAGAUGAGCUUAAACGAAAUGUCCUCGUUCUCAUUAGCAAUAUCAAACAGUUUAUUUUGGAAUUUGCCAAUUAUGCUGGAGAAAAUUAUCAAAUUACAAUUUUAAGCUAUUUAGUUCAAUCUCUCAUGAUGGAUACAGCAAACAGAUCCCCUCCUCCCCUGAACACCUCUCCCCAAUCCAAUGGAAGUAAGAAUAACGUGGGAUCAUUAUUUACAAUUGAUGACAAAUCAUUUGUGUUUCUCAUGAUUCGAGAGAUGGUGAUUCAAUUUGAUAUUUGUAGACAGGCUGUAAUUCUUAAAAACAAGCCACAAGUUUCACCUCCAACAACCAGCAACCUAACCUGUGAUCAAUAUGCGGCCAAUCGAAUCUAUUCUAGUUCUUUUGAAACAUCUCCAUUACAAACACUUCCCAAAAGUUGUUCGAGUGAUGAUCUUUCUCGAGAUUCAUCCACAGAGUUGAGAGAGGCCUUUUUGCGAGCUGUCCAUCAAAGACUUUUAUCGAGUCAGUGCUGGUGA